GGAGGAAGGGGCGGGAGGCGCGGAAGUCACGUGGCGGCUGCUCGCCCGGGCCUGGCGGGCGCGGAGGGACGGGACGGGACGGGACGGCCCGGUUUCACACAACCUAAGGCUGUUUGAUGAUCAGUUGGGGAAUAUGACCAGAAUGAUCAUAUCCUUAUAGAAGACAAAAGAGAAGAAAAUCAUAUGGCUUGAGAGCAAAUGUCACAUCCAGAGCCCCUCUGCUGAUUGUCCUGGAGACCCUCUUCAGAUUGCCUCGUUAUGUUAUGGAAUUCUGAAGUCCAUGUGAUCAUUCACUUUGUACUACUUGGUUUUGAAGACGACCUUGGUCAUUCUUGCUGGCUCGGAGAGCUGUUUCUAUGGGCUACCAUUAAUCAGUGGUGAAGCUUCUGAGUGUUGUUUUUCACAAAUAUACGAAACCUGAUGGACUCUAGAGCCGCUAUUCGAAGAAGCAGAUGAUUUUUGCUAACCAUGGCACAGGCUGAAUGGGUAUCACAGCCCUCUAAGUGUGUAGGCCUGUGUUAGUAGUCACUCUGGAAAUUGUUGAUCUACGUUAAUGUUGAGUGUAUUGUGUUUUAAGGUGUUGAGGAAAAUGCAGAGACGGCAUAGCAGCAACACUGAUAACCUUCCUCCUGAAAGAAACCGCAGUCAGACCGUCAGUUCUGAAACCAGCGUGGAUGAAGGUGGGGUUUUUCAAGGACUGAAGGCUGAAGCUUCUUCACCACAGAAGCUCUUCUCAGGGCUGGCAGGGAUCCCCUCUGGCACCAUCACAGCUACCCCGUUCCAGUCAGGUUUGGUUCUAGGUUCCUCAGCAGGAGGCGGAGAGGUCUUCAUUCAGAUGCCAGCCUCAAGGGAGGAAGGGGCCACUCGGACAGAGGGAGCUCCAUUCCACCACCGGCAACAGCCCCAUCACUACCACCAUGGCCAUCAUCGAGGAUCCUCCCUGCUGCACAUGGCUGGUGGGGACCGCCAUGGACAUGCAGAAGAAGGCACUGAGGACCAGGCUGGGACUCCAGCCCCAGCCCUCUCAGAGUUGAAGGCUGUGAUUGGCUGGCUCCAGAAAGGGCUUCCUUUCAUCCUGAUCCUUUUGGCUAAAGUUUGUUUCCAGCAUAAGCUCGGGAUUGCUGUGUGCAUUGGUAUGGGCAGCACAUUUGCAUAUGCCAACUCAACACUCCGAGAACAGGUUGCUUUGAAAGAGAAGAGGUCAGUGCUGAUUAUCUUCUGGAUCUUGGCUUUCCUUACUGGGAAUACCCUCUACUUGCUUUACACAUUUAACUCUCAGCAGCUGUACAACAGCCUUAUUUUUUUGAAACCCAAUCUGGAGAGUCUGGAUUUCUUUGACCUGAUGUGGAUUGUGGGGAUCACAGACUUUGUACUGAAGUACUUCACCAUUGCAUUGAAAUGCCUGAUUGUUGCCCUGCCUAAAAUCAUUCUGGCUGUCAAAUCAAAGGGAAAGUUUUAUCUGGUUAUUGAAGAAGUGAGCCAGCUGUUCCGCUCCCUUGUUCCCAUCCAGUUGUGGUACAAAUACAUCAUAGGAGAUGAUCCAUCUGGCAGUUACUUCUUAGGGGGCAUCCUGAUCAUACUGUAUAGUCUCUGCAAGUCUUUUGACAUCUGUGGUCGGCUGGGAGGUGUCCGCAAGGCACUGAAAGUCCUUUGCACGCCACAGACUUACGGAGUUCGUGCUACCAGCCAGCAGUGUAGUGAGGCUGGAGAUAUCUGUGCCAUUUGCCAAGCAGAAUUCAGAGAACCUCUGAUCCUUAUGUGCCAACAUGUGUUUUGUGAAGAGUGCCUCUGUCUAUGGUUUGACAGGGAGAAGACCUGUCCCCUCUGUCGCUCUGUUACUGUAGAAACCCUGCGCUGUUGGAAAGAUGGCACCACCUCUGCUCACUUCCAAGUAUAUUAACCCCAUCAUGGUGACACAUGAGGAAACAGAAGAAAAGGCUGAGAAACCUAUUGUUUCUAAAUCUUAAUUUUUAGUAGACUUGUCUUGUUUUUUCAGUGAGUGCUGACUCUCCAGUAGCCCAGAGAGCAUACUGUUAAUUCUGAAGUAGGGACCAUCAUUCAACACUAACAUGAAGAGUCUUCUAAAGAGACUGACAGCUAGUGGGUUACCUCUUUGUAGUCAGAAUCCAUUUCUGCCUUCACUGCUAACUUACAGCUAAGGUUGUGUCUUGACCUUUCCUUCUAUAGUACAGAUUGCCCGAGUCUGGCUCCUAUUUUCUAUCCUUUUAGUGUAGAUUACUGUUGUAGGAAAAGCAUGAAGAGAGUUUCCCAUUGCAUGUAUGUAACCUACAAUAUCGGAAGAACCUGUCCUCAACUGCCUGUCAAGAGAGCUGCUGCUGGAUUCCUGACAUUAAACCAUGAUUUCUCAGGACCUGGCUUUGUAAAGCUAUGUUGCCAGUAGUAUGUCAUCUGGAAAAACAUUCGAGACUCCCUGCUUCAGCAUCCUGUCCAGAGUUCUGUUUUUGGGACAGACAUAAUCAUUAGCCCCAUUGCUGGGUCUGAAUUUACUAGAUCAAAAGUUCAGUCCUAAUUCAAGACCACUGAGGACAUGGUUUCUUUCAAUGAAAUGCACGUUUCAGAGAGUGAAAUCCAUGCUUUCCCUGGGGUUCACCUUUAUUAUAAAGAAAUUAGCAACUGGCUUUCCAAUCAUUCAGCUCCAGCCUUUCUCCUUAGGGCAUGUCUGUUUUUGGGGUUGCUUCCUCAGAGCUGUUCAGCCAACACUUCAGAAUUGCAGUAGGGAGCUGUUCUCACCUAUCUGAAUGAGUUGGCAGAACUCACCUGGUGCUUUCCUAGGAAGAUCAAUACCUGUUGACACAGUGUGGUGUGUUACGUACCAACAUUACCAACUUGUUACAGACUCAAAGUUGGAUUCUUUUGUGCUUCAUUCAACAUGCCCAUAGAUGGUCUUACAGGUCAGGUACUCUUAAAUGUUCUCUUGCAUCUAGGACAUGCACUUGAGCCUGGCCAGGCUGCAUGCAAACAAUUCAUAUUUCUCUAGUGACAGUCAGUGACAGCUCUUCUGGCAGAAACUGUCAGUGACUCCUUCCUUCAUGACAGCUGCUGUGAAAUAAAGUAAAAUUCAGGGUGUAUAAUACUUGAGAUUUGCUUAUGAAAUCCCUGCAUUCAGGCUCCAAUCUCCAUUUUAGUCAUAUUUUAGACCUUCCCUCUUCCUGACCUCCCUCUUUCCAAAACAAACUGCCUCAAUUUCAUAAAAGGACUGUUUUGGGAGAGCAGGUUUUAUUAUUUAAAGGUCAUUGUCCUACUGUAUUUUGGAGUAGCAAGGGCCAUUGCUAUCACAGUCAUGAUGUCUGUCAGUAGUGCUACAGUGGCACUUGGAUGCAAAUAAUUUGGGAGUGUGUUUCCUUCUGCAUCUUAAGAUGGAGAUUUUCUUUCACUAAACAAUCUUUGCUUUUUCUGAAUGCCCUAAGAAACUGCCUCAUUAAGCAGUCAUGGCAUCUUCCAUGCUCAUUACUAUGGAAAUGGCUGUAAGGUUACAAUCCCACUUGACUGGAUAAUCAGGAAGAACUCUACCUGGGGGAAACAGAACUGUGUGUACGUAUUGGCUGUCUUCCUCCCCUCCUGCUAUAAAAACCCCUUGGGGAAAAAAUUAAAGCAAACAGAAGUUAAUGGCAACUGGAUUUAGUCUUAGCAUUUCCUUGGAAAUAAUAGCUAAGCAGAACCAGAGGAGAAAUAAUGGAGGCAGAAUCUGAGUUAGACAUAGAGGGAAAAGUAGCUGAAACCUGACUUAAAAGAUACAUAUGAAGGAAGGGAAAGGAGAAGCAGCUUUAUUAAAAUAUAGUGAUAUAGCCUUUGUCAAAUGCUUCUUUAGAAAGGGAAGAGACUAAGCCAAACAAACAUCUAGCUAUCUCCAAAAGGAAGGAUCCUUAAUUUUUGUAACAAAGCAGCAGAGGUGCCAACUGGUGUAUAUUUGGUGCAUACAUCAGCUUGGUACCUAUAUUCUGGGUAGAAGGGCAAAUUGGUGACCAGUCUGUGAGAAAGCAAAGGUGAAUUUAACAUGAAUGGAUCUCUGCAUUCAUGAUCUCAAAGCAGUUUUUAGUUUUAUUUAUUAAUGAAUCCAACCAAAAAAAUAACAGAUUUGACUUUCAAAAACAUAUCCAAUCCCCCAAAAUAUACACAAAGAUAGACAUUCAUAUUUUAUCAACAGUGCAAUUACAACCCCAUUCAGCAUGCACAGAAGUCUUCUGUUCCCUUCCUCUUCUCCCCCUGGUCUCCAGCAGUUUCUCAAUGUUUCUGUCAAUGCCAAGUGCCUGUGCUUCAAGGCUUUUCUAAAAGCAGGGUCCAGUUAUAAGGGCCUAUUUCUUUGCUUGUCUUUAGGUGCAAAAAUUGUUAUGAGAGAUUAAAUCUGAGGGUUUUUUUGUUUGGCAUUUUCUUCACUGCCAUGAAGAGAAAGGAAGAUCAAAAUUAUCCUUUUCUUUUCUUUCCUUGUCCUGUUCCUUUUGCCCACUUUCACUGACUGCUUUCUUCCAGCUGGAAACGUGAGCAAGAGGGAGAGAGUGUGAGUAUCUUGUUAGAGGUUGAAAUGCUCUCCUGCUGCUCAAAUGUUCAGAAAAAACAUGAGGUGAGGCUUGAUGCUGGCACUCAACAAAAAAACCCCUAAGCCUUGUGAGAGCCUUUUGUGCAUUUAUGCUUCUUUCGCAGCACUCUAAUUGGUGUGAAAUCAUGAACAUCCUGAUCCGCACUUUUGUUUCACUUCAGAUCUCCCUGUUUCUUCCUUCU